AUGCCCCCACCGCCUCAGGCCAACCACGGCAGGACCGUCUACGUGGGCAAUCUUCCCCCGGAUGCUUCUGUCGAUGAGCUACUCAACCACGUCAAGUUCGGUCCCAUCGAAAAUGUCCGGGUGUUAGGGGAGAAGAAUUGUGCCUUCAUCUCAUUCUUGGACGGUCACAUUGCGGCUGCUUUCCAUGCAGAUGCCUCAGUCAAGAAGCUCUCCCUUCACGGUCGAGAGCUCAAGAUCGGCUGGGGAAAGCCAUCGCCUUGCCCUACACCUGUUCUGCUGAAUGUUCAACAGCACCAAGCGACAAGGAACGUCUAUGUUCAGCUAGGUGAUGACGACACCACGACGGAAGAGUCGCUGCGAGAUGACCUCUCUCGCUUCGGUCCCAUCGAUCAGGUCAAGAUUGUGCGGGACAAGAACAUCGGAUUUGUUCAUUUCCUGUCCAUUGCCACAGCCAUCAAGGUGGUGACGCACCUGCCUCAUGAGCCGGCUUGGAAGAACAAGCGAGUGCACUACGGCAAAGAUAGGUGUGCAUACAUCCCCAAAAGUCAGCAGCAGAAUCAGGCUCACAACAGUCAAGCUGCUGCGAUGGGCAUGGCAGCCGCCGCCUCUUUGGGAUAUCAGACUGCUUUUGGCUUUGCUCCGGCUACGGUGGAAGCUUCCCAGCAGUGCCCGAUUGGAAACAGAACCGUCUACCUCGGCAACCUCCACCCUGACACCACGACAGAAGAGAUCUGCAACCAUAUUAGAGGAGGCAUCCUACAGACUGUCCGGUAUAUUCCAGACAAGCACAUUGCCUUUGUUACGUUCGUAGAUGCCAAUUCGGCCCUAGCGUUCCAACACUUGGCCUCGUACUCGGGAGUGAUGAUCCACAAUCGCCGACUGAAGAUCGGUUGGGGCAAGCACUCUGGACCGCUCUCCCCAGCAAUUGCAAUGGCCGUUCAGUCGGGCGGAUCUCGCAACGUCUACAUCGGCAAUAUCUCAGACCCCGACUACUUCAACGAGGACAAGCUUAGAGCAGACUUCUCUGAGCAUGGGGAGGUCGAGCUGGUCAACUCUCUCCGGGAGAAGAAUUGUGCCUUUGUGAACUUCUGCAAUAUCCAGAACGCCAUCAAGGCAAUCGAGGCCAUGAAGAGUCACGAGGAGUACCAACAACUCAAGAUCUUCCACGGGAAAGACCGAUGCGGCCGAUCCAUGGCUCUCGGUGUGAUGGGUGGUGGACACGGAGAGCAAGGAGAAGGAGGCUCUACAAGCUCGGAGAAGUCGCGGCAAGAAGUCUAG